AUGUGUGUGUGUAUAUACACGUGUCUAGGUAUUUAUUUUUAGUAAAGUUUAUUACAUGUUUUGCUACUAAUAGUUAAUAUUGCCGUAGACUAUUGUGAGACUAUUCGUGUCUGUUUUAUAAAAAUGACUUCAAUCUUAAAUUGUUUACGACACUUACUAAAUAUCGUGAACUAAAGAACAUUCAUUGACAAUUAAACAAAACAUUAAGACUUGUUUCUAUUCCAGUUCUAUCUGGUCGUAAGUUUCUUGUUAUAAUUGAAAUAUCGGCUUACCGUCUGCGUGAUAAUAGUAUGGAUAAUGCGUAUGAAUAGGGCCAGGUGUUGUUUCAUCCUUCUUGCGGUACUCAUCAUCGUUUCACUCGUAUGCACACACGAUCUCAUAUUCAACAUUUCGCAUUACGUAGCUAGAUCAUGGAACAUUUCCCAACCAGAAGUUCGCCAUAUUGGAUUCUUGAAAGUUCACAAAGCAGGCGGUAGUACGAUUCAGAAUAUACUCUUUCGAUAUGGAUUACAUCGAAAUGUGACAUUUGUCAUACCAAAGACAGGGUACAAAUUUUCGACGCCAUUUUCUAAAACCACUUCAAUUUUAAAUAAUAAAAGAGGUGAAUAUUAUGACAUCUUAGCAAUUCAUUCAGUGUAUAAUGAAACUUCGUAUUCUCGUUUGUUGCCUGCUGAUGCUGCAAAUAUAGCCAUAAUUAGAAACCCCCUUGAACUCUUUGUGUCAGCCGCCUACUACCACAGAGACGUAUGGCACGUGCCGUAUUUGAAAAGGGUGCCCACAGACAACUAUGUCCAAAAUCUCAUACGCUAUCCGGAAUUGUACGACAAUCAGGUUUUAAGUCUCACAAGAAACAGCAUGGCGAUGGAUUUUGGAUUUCCAUCAGACCUUCACCCGACUGAAGAAAGUGUGAUUCUCAAUUUUUUAAACUAUCUAGACAAACGAUUCGAUUUAGUUUUAGUAGUUGAAUUUUUUACUGAAUCUCUUGUUUUGCUCAAGCGUCUUCUGCACUGGAAAUUGCAAGACAUUGUGUACAUUCCUCAAAAUACAAAUACUCACCCAGCAUUACCCGAACUAAACCUUACCUCGUCUGACGUGGACAAGUUUGAACUCAGGAAUUUUCUUGACAAGAAGUUGUACGAUUAUUUUUUGAAAAUAUUUAAACAAAAGACACACGCUGCCGGGCACGAUUUCUUUGAAGAGGUCGGCCAUUUUGAAAACGUUAUUGCAAACGUCACUGCGUUCUGUGUGUUCAAAGAGAGAGAUGGUUCAGAGAUGGUUGUACCUGAUUCAUACUGGAGUGAGAAAUUUGCUGUCAAGCCUUCUGACUGUAGGGAAAUGCUCAUAACGGAGCUCGAAUAUAUCGACAAAAUUCGGUCCAAAAUAAUGCCAACUUUAAGAGGAUUGACGACUAAGUAUUGGACACCAUAGCGAAAUGUCACGACAUGUGUCAAUCAUUGGAUCGCUGUGUUACAUGUCGGCAGCAGCGUUAAAUCGGUGUUGUCGUGGAAUUACGUAAAUAGGUAUUCUAAGUAUUAUUUAAUUGUAAUACCGAUUAACUAAAUAAACAUGUAUGAAUUAACAUCGUCACAUUCGACCGCAUGGUUUAACUUCAAUGCGCUAUGCAUGCAAAGGGGCAUUUGUACAAUUUCACAUUUCGGUUUGUGUCUGCCACAUAUUCCAUAUUCAAACAAAAAUAUAUAAUAUAUAGCCAAUAAAUAAGGAUGAGGUCGAUCUUGGGUGGGAACAGUUGUUUUACAUUUUUUCUAAAUAGUUGUUACACUAUUUUAGCGUUAUAGGGCGAUUCUUUUGAAGAAUAUUCAUUUUCGUCUUUAACACCUUUUUGCAAACUAAAUCUUAUGUUUUUCAAUUCUUCGUCCUCAGAAGUCACAAGAUGCCUGACAUGCUCUUCGUUAGCGUAUGUUCCGAAUUAAGCGUCAACAUAAGUCCAAACGCAUUUAAAUGCGUACGUAUAUAUGACAAGAAAACCCGAGCUGCUUGUGCGUUAAGUAUCGGUCCAGAUUUGCCUGCGCAUUUCCGCAUGGGCUGAUUUGGGACGACGCUUACCACUUUAAUGGGGAUUUUUGAAAGUCUCUUUUAAACGAAAAUGAAGUUUAGGAGGAAAGUAUCGUCCCAGAUAAGACUAGGCCGACUACAUAUGCUAAUCUGGGACUAUACUUUAUGCUUAUGCAUUGCAUCUGCUUUUCUAAGAGCGAGGCUAAUUUUAAUAUACCAUCUGGUAAGCUUGCAUAUUAAGCUCCGCCCAAAACUUGCAGUUACUAAAUACCGAACUGACAAAAGUCGCCUUCACCGUGACAUAGUCGAUGUGGUGAAUGGCUAGCGACCGGGAGGUCAUUGGAUCGAUCGCAACUGUGUGAGAGGUUUUAAGAUUUCUACAUAUUAGGAAACGGACUUGAGAGAAUGUCAUUAAGCCUUAUUCUUUUGAUGCAAUAGAGCUGAAACAAAUAGAUUUAAAAUAUUACAAUGACGCUUAAAAUAAUGUAUUAUUUUAAUUAGUUAUUAUACCAUGUUUCGGAUUGUUAUUUUAUUUAGAAGCGUGUAUCAACAGUGGUAUUGGUAGCCGCCAGAUUUAAAUAUACUUCAUGAUAUACAUGACAUGACAAACGUGUACUUAUUUGUGUUGAUAAUACUCUGGGCUUACAUGAUACUUUGAUAUUGUUUUGAUAUUUGUUAUUGUUGAGUUGACCUUUUUCCUUGGAAUUUGGCUAGUAUGGUAAUCAGAAUAUUUUUGUAAAUAAUUUAUUGCAACAUUGUGAUGAAAAUGGUAUUCUUCAGAUGUUUUAACAAAUUAUAAAAGAACGUUUUUACCUCGUGACUUGUAUUUCUCAAUGAAUCUCUUUCUAUAUACAUUAUCUUGAUAUUCAAUAGUAGAACUUCUUUGUAUGGGAGACAACCCGGAUGUUAAUUUGUAAACCUAUCAUAUGAUUUUGUAUUUUUUAUGGUGGUAUUAUGUAUUGUCUUCCACAUGUGAUAAACAAAAGAGUGAUUGCUUAAUCUAGUCUAGCUUAACACGUAUUUGUUGAACUAUACAUAAAUUUAUUUAUUUUAUAUUUAUUUUCCAGUAUUUAUAAAAAUAUAAGAUUUGACGUACAUAUUGUUUCACUGCUGGUGGAACGAGAAAUACCGUUUGUUUUCAACUCAGCUUAGCACUAAAGAGUGAACUAUCGUGGUCAUCAUAUGGGUCGUGUUCUAAGAAAACUUGGCAUGAUGCAUGUGCGUAAAGUGUCGUCCCAGAUUAGCCUGUUCAUUCCGCACUUGCUAACAGGGACGACACUUUCCGUUUUUAUGACAUUUUACGUUUAAAUGAAGUUAUUUUUAGCAAUACUCCAAUUUAGGCGGAAAGUGUUGUCCCUGAUUAGAGUGUGCGGACUGCACAGGCUAAUCUGGGACGACACUUUACGCACAUGCAUUUUGCCCAGUUUUCUCAGAGUGCGACUCAUAUGUCUGCGGCUGCCAAGUCGUGCGUCGUCGUGUUAAUUUAACUUUAAGCUCAUUAACAUUGCUGGUGUUCACGAAUAAUGCCGUUUAUUUUCAGCUUACAUAAGCAUGACAUAUUUAAUCUUAACUAUUUCAAGUCCUUGUUUCAAUACUUGUCAUGUAUGGUCACCAGGCUUUAAAAUGUGUGUAUCUUAGACCCAGGUGAGCGAUGGAGGACAACGUGUCGUCUUGUGUUUUUGAGGCGAGAAAAUCGCGAGUUGGUAAACAUUAUCCCAACAACAAUAGACAAUAAAUUAACAAUAACUUAGAAAAAUUACUUUCAUUAAAUUAUACCAGUUUUUACAGUGUUUACAUAAUUGCUCAAAUUGAAAUGUAUUUCAGCCAUAAAUUAGCCUCUUUUACUUAAACGGUUGUAUAUUACUGUUACGUACGUACCGGUAUAUAUGGUUCCUAUCUGAAAUGGUUGUAUAUCAAUCGUACCUUUGCAUGCUAUGUUUAAGUAUUAACCGGUAGAUUUGGCUAGUACAUAUGACGGUUGAAUGUUAUGUUAAAGUAUUAACCGGUAUAUUUUGUUUGUACCUCUGACGUGUUAAUGUUAUGUUUAACUUUAAACCAGUUAUUUGGUUCUUACCUUUAAAGGUUGUAUGUAAAAUUUAAGUAUUACGUAUUACAAGUAUAUUUGGGUCGUCCCUUUUUAUGUUACGGUGAAUUAUUAACCGGUACUUUUGGUUCGUGCCUUUUACGGUUGUAUUGCACGGUAGAUUAUAUACCUGUAUAUAUUGGUGUUGCUUGAACGGUUUGAUGACACAGUGAAGUAUAUACCGUUGUUUAUUGUUCUUACAUUUAACGGUUGUAAACUUAAAAUAUUCUCUUAAACAACUAUCUAGUCCAGUGCGUGCACAUUGUUGUUUUUUUCAAUUUCAAUAAAUGUCAUGACCACGAACCCUUAUACGGUACAUCUUUGUAGAGUUGAUUCGAAACGUCACAACGGAUCAAGCGAUAGUAUUGAUUUAUUAGCGUUUUAAUUAUGAUUUUUUUCGUGAAGGAAGUAGUCAUGUGUUUGAUAUAUAAUUGAGCCUUGUUCUGAGAAAACUAGUCUUAAUGCAUGUGCGUAAAGUGUCAUCCCAGAUUAGCCUGUGCAGUCCGCACAGGCUUAUCAGGGACGACACUUUCCGCUUUUAUGGUAUUUCUAGUUUCAAGGAAGUCCCUGCUUACCGAAAAUCAAGUUUAGGCGGAAAGUGUCGUCCCUAAUUAGCCUAUGCGGACUGCACAGGCUUCUCUGGGAUGACACUUUACGCACAUGCAUUAAGCCCAGUUUUCUCAGAACACGACUCUUUUAAUCAAUCAGCAAAGUGAUACCUGAAACAGAUCAAUAAUUGUCGACGUUUUAUGCGAAAUCCUUCCGUUUAACUCUUUUAAAAUGUUUUUAAAACGAUGGAAAAGCAUGAAAUAACAUAAAAAUAUGUUGCUUGUAAGAGGGUAAUGGAUUUGUGCUCACUGUUGAUCAUAGAAAAUAAAUAUGUUAGAUAUAUUUAAAUAUUUUUUAUUUAUAUUUUAAAAAUAUAUUUCUCUGAUAACUCGUUGAUAAAAAAAACGAUAAUCUACCAAAACUAACAUGCUUUCUUGUGAUAAAUCGUUUAAGAUCACGGUGUAAAAUUUGAAACUUCUAGUUCAAAACGGCGAAAAGAAGAACAUAUAAUUUUCAAUGCUUGAGUUUAUGUUAUUUUUAUUCCAUGAUGAUGAUUCCCUCGACAAAAAAGUCCAGUUGAACUAGUGUAAUAUGUAGACUAAAGGUGGAAUAAAAUUGAUAUUUUUUAAACCAAGAAAUAUCCUCAAUAAAUUCGAAACUUUGAAUUAUACUCAAAAUUGCUCAUAUGGUUAAUUUAAAAAGAAAGAACAGACUCGACCGUAUUUUUAAUUAAGUAUAAACUGUUAUGGUGAGUGUAGAAUGUUUGCCUCUAGUUAAAAAGCAUCUCAGGCCAAUAAUUCCAGGGAAUUAUGUUGUCAUGUCUGUGUAAAUUAUUGUGUAGUUCACUAUUAAUUAUUGUGUUUAUGUUUUUAUUAUAAUUUGGGUUUUGGGUGCUUAUCGGCCAAAAAAGAACGAGAGCCAAUGCGCUCUUUUAUUGCUCCCUUGUGUAUAUAAUGUUUAAAUGGCCAUUUAUAUAUGCGAGAUUGUCUUUAUUGUUUAACAGUUUUAAUGCAUGUUCGUGUUGCGGACGGGAAUGUUCAUGUUUAUUGAUAUAGUUUGUUCUCCGUUUUGCACCAAUUAUAAGACCGUUUGUAUUGUUUUGAGAUUGCCGUUCACAGCAUUACUAAUAGAAGCAAGAUAGAUACUCAAAAUCAACAAAUAUUUCGUAAAAUAAGGUUUUACCCUAAACAAAUCAGUGUUCCUUAUAGCCAUAGCCAAAUUUGCAACGCUAGAUGUGGCGGCCACAUAGAUUUAAUGAUAUACAAAAUGCUCGGGUUUUGUGUGUCACAAUAUAUUCCAUUUGAAUUUCACGCAACGAUAUCCGAGCAUUUACGAGCGUACGCGAUAAUGGCGUCGGGCAGCGUCGGAAGCACUACGUACCGGUAGUUCUCACAAGCUGCCCGCAGCCAAUCUCGCAUUCGCUCUUAUAUGUUCGGAUAUCGCGGGAAAUUCACAUGGAAUAUACUGUCACACAAAAGUAUAAAAUUAGCAUUUUGUAUCAGCCCACAUCCAGCGUUGAAAUUGCUUUAAGGAGCACUGAUGGGUUACCUUUAUUUUGCAAAGUAUAGAACGAAAUAUUCGUUGAAUUUGAGUAUUUAUGUGGAUUAAAGGCUACAUGUUUUUGUUCAUUGUUAAUGUGUGCCAUAAACAAUUGUAAGUUUAAAGUUGAAGACAAAAAAUAAAGUUUAAAUAAUGUUUUCUUA